GAUCUUGGGGUAGAUGGCUGGCGAGAGAUGGAUAAUGAUAAGUUAAACCACUUACUUCAGUUUCCCGGUGGCAAGCCCGCACUCUUUGCGGAAUUGCGGUCGAAAACGGGACUAUGUGCCUGGGAUGCAGAUGCGGCAUCGACGUUCGUGAGGGAGAACGAAGAUAUGGAGCCAUUGUUCCUCCUGUGGCACCAGCGAGUAGGUGUCGCGGCGAUCGUCGACAAGAUAUGGGGGUCUGCGCUAAACGAAGGUAACACUCCGGGAAUUUUAAUAGCGGACGAAGUAGGCGUUGGGAAGACAGCACUCACCAUGGGCACCAUCGCCUUCGUCAUCGAUGCUUACUGGGUUCAAGAAGUCGCUGCCGGACGAGGAAAACCUGCCGGGGCGACUGCAACCGAACGCCCGUAUUUUGCAGGCAGAGAUGCAAUCCCGAACCUGCCCCACGUCAUCAUCGUGCCGAAUUCCUUGAUCAAUCAAUGGUAUUCGGAGCUACGCACCUUCUUCGCCCCCGGAGCUGUCGAGAUCUACAGGUAUCCGUCAGCAGAAAGUGAGUUUGGCGAUUUCUGGAACGGUCCAUGGGCCACGUCGGCCACGCCAUUGAUUCAUCGAAUCAUCUUGGUCACUCAUUCCGUGAUGUUCGACACACGCAAAGGCCUCGCAGGACACAACAGUCACAAGGCGUCGGACGAGACACGCUCCAUCAGACAACGGAAACAAGCAUCGAAAUGUCUGUGGGCCGGACGUGAAUUCCUCAGCGUUUCGAUCGACGAAGUCCACGAGAUGCGCAACCUUACUGCAGGUUUUUACGCGACACUCGAGGUCACGAAGGCCUCCGUCAUUAAAUUACUCGCAUCAGGCACUCCACUCUACACCGGCCCGAUGGAUCUUUGCAAUAUAGGUCGGUUAGCGCGGAUCCAGCACUUCAUGGGCAAGGAGGGCGACGCGCGUGAUAAAGAUCACAUCAAGCAACUUCGUGCUGCACGUCGAGCGAUGACGCAGGAGGAUAAGAAUGACGCUGCCGCACAUACCAUUCGUUUGAUGGCCGGUGAACCAACCGACGACGAGGAGCCUGAAGCCAGGCUGCGCAUACGCAAGGUAACGAGUGCCUGGAUCACUAACAUUAAGCGAGGCUACGCUGGGCGGGUGAUUCGACGCACCGUCGAUUCCAAGACUUUCGACAACAAGAAAAUCAACGACACCCUCACGCCCUACAAAAUGAUCAUCGUACCUGUGCAUUUGGACGACACGGAGCUGGACAUCAACAAAAGCGUCAUGGCUCAGAUCACCGGCUCCUGCCCACUGACGAGUCCGCAGAAAUUUUACCUCGAUGGCCGCACAAAGGUCGCGUUCCCCCAUCACACGUCGCCCACCUAUCCUGCUGUUAAGUCCCUCGCUGAAUGGCAGACGGUCAAGUCCUCGAAGGUUGACACGUUGGUCAACGUGCUCGGGUGGCACCUCGAAAACGACGAACACGAUAUAUUCAAGGUCGACGACGAAGACGUAGGUACCGAGGGCAAUAUCAAGGGAACACGCAAAAUCCUCGUCUACAUCGAAUUCCCGAUGAUGGCCCCGCUCAUCAUUUCAGUCCUCAAGCUAUACAACAUCAGUCCUCUGAUCAUCCACGGCGGACACGGCAUCGACGAACGCAACGAGACCGUGCAAAAGUUUCACUCAGACCCGACGGCGAGGAUCCUGAUCUUUUCUAGCGUUGGUGCAGUUGGUCUUAAUCUUACUGCUGCGAGCGUCGUCAUUCUCUUCGACCAAUGCUGGUCUCGAAUGCUCGUAAAUCAAAUCAUCGGGCGAGCCUGGCGUCUGGGCCAGGAGAAAGAAGUCAUCGUGUAUAACAUGGUGGCGUUGGGCACCGUGGACGUCUUGAUGGUCGACCAUGGUGAGGGCAAGGGCAAUAUGCUGGGGCAGUUUCUCUCUGCCAAUAAAGGUGUUGUCAACACCAUCAAGAACGCGUUAGCUGGCCAAUUGCCCGUUCCUGACGACGACGACAACGACAACGACGAAGUGUCCAUCGUCGAAACACGCCCAGCAGCAGCCGGACCCAGCAAGACGCGCAAAAAGGUUGCCAAGGGCAGCAAAAAACUUGCUGCACGCAAUCUCGCGCGGACCGGAGACGAAUCU